UAAGAUAUGCACUGCAUAAGUUCAGUCGGUCGCGCGCAGAAAUCAGCGCAUGACGCGUGCGUGUUAACCACAGAUAAAAUACGAAAAGUAAUUAAUCAGUGGUAUGUUAGCGCGUAUUGUUAAAUCCAAUAAACGAAACAUGUUUUUUUGUAAACGCUUCCGUUGUAUUUAAUUUUAUUAAAAAAAUAUUAACUAUAAAGAUUAAGUAUUUCAAAUAUUUCAAAUUACUUAUUUUUUUUUAUUUAAUAAACGUAACGAUAGUAACUACUGUUCAUAUGCGCACGCACGAAAUUAAAUACGAUUUCCCAUUGAAGUGCAAUUUUGGACUAAACUUAACGCCGAAGGAUAAUUCGACAAGGCAUAACCGAGUUGAGCUUAGCCGUUAAAAAUGACUAAACUAGAAAAUUGUAAGGACAGUGCGCCGGAUCAGUUCUACGGAUGCUGCUUGGCCAAACUUAGGGAAGGAAACGAAUCGCCGGAACUUUUUGCAAGGUCAUGGAGCGGAAAGAUGUCACCGCUAGUAUGGCGUGUACCGAUAUUUGUAUGGGCAGUCGGUAUUAUUACGUGGUCCGUCGUCUGCUUCUGGGGACCUCGGGAAAUGUUCCUACUAUAUAUGACACAUUGGGGCCUUAUUAUGAUAUUUUUGGAAUCACUCUUCGGUAUAUUAGUAUGCAUUAAGAAACAUCGUGGACAUUUUAAAGAUCGGUCGCAAGGUCUACCUUGGUAUGUGAGGGCAUACUGGGUUUUGUACAACGUCACUGUACCGCUGGCCUUUCUUAUAUCACUCUUCUAUUGGGCUGUUCUAAGAGGAGCGGGUGCCAACAUAAACUACGCACCUGACCCGAUCUUAGACGUAAUGUUACAUGGAGGAAAUUCUGUUUUGAUGCUGAUUGAAUUGUUGAUGUCUCGUCACCCGAGUCGUCUUCUACAUGUGAUGCAGCCUCUAUACUUUUCUGGUGUUUAUCUUCUCUUUACGCUAGCACACUUCUUUGCCGAAGGACACGACCCAUGGGGCAAUGCUUUCAUAUACCCAGUGAUUGACUGGUCGAAGCCGAUAGAAACGCUCAUAGUGCUGACUUUGACAGCAUUAUUCUUCGCAUUAAUGCAUAUAUUAACCGUAGGAAUUUCAACGGUUCGUGACUAUACUUUACAGAGGCUGUCGCAGAACAAAAGUGGAGUAUACAACGAUGGAUUUGAACCUUGAAUAACUAGAUCUCAGUGAAGUACUGAUAAGAUAAUGUAAUAUUUUUACUGUUGAUAUGAGAGUGACGGCUAAUGACUACUGUGAGCUGUGAGGAAAUGAUUUGUGACUGUUGUAGAAAAAAAUGCAGUCUGGUACCAAAGAUUUUUACAUCUACACACACACUUUCACAAAUCAGACUUCAGUUAGAAAUGAGUUCAAACUCUUCGAUUAUCAAUAAGUAAAUAAUGGAAACAAUUAUUAUUUACUUGUAAAUGAGUAACAUUUAUUUUGUGAUAACAUUGAUAUUUUAAAUCACAUUGUGAAGUAAAGAAAAACUUAGUUUAAAUUUAAAUUGCCUAUUAUUCGAUAAGUUAUUAUAAUUUUAAAAAUAAAAAGGGAUUUAAAGAUUGGUAAGAUGUGUUGUCAUAGUUGUACAAGUAUUUUAAACUGUGGAUUUUAUUAAAUAAAAGCAUAUA